UAAGUCUGUCCUGAAUUGGUAAAUUGCUCCCAGGUGAAUCUUGACUUUCUCAAACGAAUCAAUCAACUGGCAAGUAUAUACGUAUAUAGCCGGAGCACAACACAGUGUUACAAUUUCUGAAAAUGGACGGACAAGGAAUUGGACGGGGUCAACAGCCAGCGAGAAGAAGAAGAAGAGGAGUGAGGCUGCGUGGCGGAGGACUUGGGAGGCAAAAUAGAGGAGGAGGCAGAAGAGGCCGAGGACAUAUGCGUGUUCCUGAUGAAAUAAGAGCCACACUUGUAGACCAUGUUGUCAAUCAUGGGCUUACAAUGGCCGAGGCUGGUCGAAGGGUGCAGCCAAAUGUUGGGAGGACAACUGUAUCCUCAAUCAUUCAGACUUUUCGUCAACAGAACCGGUAUGUAAUCUAACAAUAGGCACUGUACUGUAAUACUGUAUACUUUCUGUAAUGCUUCAUACAAUAUUACAGUAUUCCACUUGCAUUUUACAAUAUUCAUUCAGUAUACUUUAUGUAAACAGUGACAUUUUAUCUUACUCAAUUUUGUGUUUUGCAUUACUAUAUGUCUUCCACAUAGGACUGCAAGACAGCUUCACAGGGGUGGCAGAGGGCCCCUUUUCACACCCGAACAGGAGGAGGCUAUUUGCACCAUGGUCGUAGAAAACAAUGCCAUAAGACUAAGGGAGAUACAGAGUGCCAUUAUAGAAGACAACAACAUCUUUGAUAACAUCCAAACAGUCAGCAUCUCAACCAUUGACAGGGUGCUGAAAAGACACCAAAUGAAUAUGAAGCAGCUGUACACCGUUCCAUUUGAAAGAAAUGACGAAAGAGUGAAGGACCUGCGCUACCAGUAUGUACAGCGUAUAAUGGAACUGGAAGCAAGUGAACCACCGCACAGCUUCAUCUACAUGGAUGAGGCUGGCUUCAACCUAACUAAACGCAGAAGGUGUGGUCGAAAUAUCAUCGGCCACAGAGCUACAGCUGAUGUGCCAGGCCAACGGGGCGGGAACAUAACCAUGGCUGCUGCUAUCUCUGAGAAUGGUGUGCUAACGCAUAUUCCCAUUAUUGGGCCAUACAACACAGAGCAUCUUGUCACCUUUUUAGACCCACUCUACAGGGAUCUCAUCCCUGAAGAAGAGAGGGGCCAGACUGGAGAUGACCUGCCAAAGUUUGUGAUUGUUUGGGACAAUGUCAGUUUCCAUCGCUCCAACAUCAUCAGGCAAUGGUUUGCGGCCCACAACAGGAUGGUGAUGGAGUUCCUCUCACCCUACUCCCCAUUCCUUAAUCCCAUUGAGGAAUUUUUCUCAGCAUGGAGAUGGAAAGUAUAUGAUCGCCAGCCACAUACACAGAUGACCCUUCUGGCUGCCAUGGAUGCAGCGUGUGAUGACAUCACAGCAGAUGCCUGCAGAGGCUGGAUAAGACACUCCAAAAGAUUCUUUCCACGCUGCAUCGCAAGAGAAAACAUUCGUUGUGAUGUGGAUGAGAAUUUGUGGCCCAACAGACAGGAACGUCAGGAGGUGUAG